AUGCUAUUACUGGUAAAUCCUCGACUUGAGGAUGAUCUUAUACUUGGUGGAAAAUGCGGUGAUCCACAGAGCGAAUUGGUGAGGCAUUUCUUGAUCGAGCCCAACGCCAGAGGGGUGAGGCUCAAAGGAUGCGUCAAUGAGCCCAUCUUCAGUAGCUUAUCAGCGCUGAUCUACCAGCACACACUGACACAGCUCGCCUUGCCGAUCAAGCUUGUCUUACCGGAUAUGGGUGGUAAAUACUCUUCAGCAUCUAAUGAUUAUCCAUCAGGUGCUGAUGCUACCGAUGCAGGUCUGGAUCCCAAGUCAGCAGCAUCGUUAUUACAGCAGGGAGCAGCGUGCAAAGUGUUGUACAUCGACAGCGUUGACAUGGAAUCCUUGACGGGGACUGAGGCUAUACGAGAAGGCUUGACCAAGACAUUGACUGCCAAGAAGAAACCCGAGGCUGUUGUCGUCCACUUCAAGGUGUCCUCCAAAGGAAUCACCCUCACAGAUACACAGAGAAAGUUAUUCUUCAGAAAGCACUACCCUGUCAAGUCAAUCCUCUUCUGUGGAAUGGACCCACUCACAAGAAAAUACCCAAGGAGAGAAGGCCAAGAAGUAGCUGACGCGAAAAUCUUUGGAUUUGUUGCCCGCAAGCCAGGCAGCCUGACAGACAACCAGUGCCAUCUCUUUGCCGAUUGGGAGGUCGAGCAGCCCGCCUCCGCCAUUGUUAGUUUUGUUACCAAGGUAAUGCUCGGCUCCGCCUCGAAAUCAUCAGUCAAGACACCCUGAGCAUAGAGACAAAUAAUGAGAGAAGUGCACAGACAAUGAACUCUGCUUCUCCUAACAUGAACUAUAGAGGGAGCCAGUCAAAUGCAAAUGCAUGCAUGAAUUGGGUCUCAUUGCAUGCUGUAUAUCAUCAUAUCUUAACAGCUUUACAACCGAUUUCAUUGAUAAAAAUGAAUCAACAUGCAGCUUGAACCUGUCAGAUGUUUUCAUUUUAUGAUAAAUCAUUAAAAGUCAUUCAGCGAAAAAUUGUCUUAUCAUGUUUCUAAAACCAUUUGGCUCCUCUUCAAAGGAGAAAGAAAAUGAUUCAGUGAAUUUAAAAGAUUUGAUAUGGAAUGAAUUCAAUUGCCUUGAUUCUGUAAAUGAAAUAAAUUUGGAGCGCUAUUUUUCAUGCUCUCUGAUUUGUACAGUUUUUAUGAAAUUUACAAUUGAGAAAUUUUUGUCUUAGUAUUUAUUGACAGUAUUGCAAGCUUUUCUAGAAAAAAAAUACAGAGAAUUUUCUUUAUUUUUAUGUAAAAAUGAGUGAUAAUUUUAAAGAGGAGUAUGUCUAAUUAUGAUUGAUCAAUUUGUGGAUAGGGACUUUUGAAUGUUCAUGUGAGCCUUUGUUAUUAAGCCUUUCACACAAUUAGUCACAUCUGAAUAGUAGUAUGAAACUCAGAUUGGACGAACUAAUUAAGGAGCCUGUUCCCAUUGAUAUGUAAAGAUAUGCCAUCAACUCACUUUCUAUCAGCUGUGCACAACCCCUCAUAUUUCCCUCGACAAGCUUACAGUGAAACCUGUCUAUAUAAACCACAGGCAAGGAAAGCAGUAUAUUUCUUGGUAGUUGGUCAUUGUUUAGCAGGUUCCGUUAAUCCAUUCAGAAAGCAGUGUAAUUCACUGGUCUUUCUUAAUAUGCAAUUGCUCGAGGAGGUUUCAAGGAAUCAAUAUCAUACUUCUAGUUCACGAAGUGUAUGAUAUAUGAUUAAACAUGAUUGUCUUUAAAAAUGGUCAACUCAAUAGUAAACACAAAAAAAGCAAAUCCUGAUUCUAGGGGCAGACGUGGGUUGUACUUGCAGAAAGCAAAUCCUGAUUGUGGGGCCCAGACUUAUAGACUGUUGUAUGUGAAUUUUGCAUGUCAACUUUUUUCUAUAAAUGUUGAACAGUUUGAAACAAAGUAACUAAUACCAAGAAAGCAAGCAAACCAACUGUUAAGUACAGUUGUAUGGGGCAAUUAAAAGAGGCUAUGUAUAUUAUAGUGUUUUUAGGAGUGGAUUUUUUUUUCUUUCAUAAAAAAUAAAGAAAUUUUGACCUGUAAAUUAGAAUCCCUAAAAAAAAAAAUAUUGCAUGACUAUAUACCGAUGUGAUUUUACAUGAGAAUGUUCUAAUGUUGAAUGUUUUCUUGCUGUACUUAAAAAAAAAUGCAUGGCAUUAUUUUACUUUAUUUUGUUCUUUUAUCUGAAUAAAUUUACAAAAAAAGGAAUUCAUUAUAUAUAUACAUAUUUCAUAUGUACUUGAAAACACUGUCAUACAAUUGGAUUCAUCGAUACUUUUUGUAUUCAUAGAAAAAUCUAUUAGUUAGUGAGAGUAUGUAGAUGGCAGACGGUGAACCAUAUCAAUACUAAUGAAAAUAAACACAUGGGAUUGUUGGAAAUUCUCAAAUAUUUAUUAUCAAAAUAACACCAGAAAUAUAUUUAAUGCAAAUUUGAAUAUUUUGGGGUUUUUUGUUUUUAUUUUAGUUAGUUUUGCAUUUUCAAGAAAAUAAUGGAAUAAGUUAUUUUUCCAAAAAAAAAUAUAUAAAUUGCAAUUUGUUUGCCUUGCAUAUUCUAGGUUAAUAUAAUUAAAUUUUAGAUAUCAAUUUGUAAUAAAUUGAAGAAUUUUUUGUGUUAUGGUUUGUGUUCCUUCAAGUUUAAAUAUGUAAUAUUUACAACUCAUUUUAUUGUUUAUGAAUGAUGUGAAGGAAGCUAAUGUCUCUUUUAUAUGUUAUAUUUAUGAGCUCCCAAGUGCCAAGUUGUGUUUGAGCAAUUUAUUUGUGAAUAAUAUAUCUAUGUUUUCUCUCUAUUUCUUCCUGUCUCUCAUAUUUAUUUAAAAGAAUUAUGUACAAAUACAAAGUUUUUAGCUGCAUAUGUAUUCAUAGUGGUGCAUUAUGCAUCUGUCAACGUCAUUUAUAUUUUUACUGGUACAAAUUCUUAUUUCAUUAUCUAUUUCAAAAAUGCCCAUUUUAAAACUUGUCAGUCAUUUACCGUAUAAUAUAAUUUUUAAAUGUCAAUUCUGAACGCAAAUCUUUCAAGCAUUUUUAUAUUAAUCUUGACAAUUUCUAUCUUCUUUAUUUUUAAGAACAAAGCAAAUGAUGAUAAUAGU